CAGAGGUCGUGAUAGAGAAAAUGGCAUGUUGCCGAAAUCGGAUCCUUAUGAAAUACACAUUGAUUUUCCGUAUAUCUAUUUAUUCUAAGAAUAACAUUUUUGCUUUCGUUUUGUUAUAUAUAAAAAUAACACCUUAUGUAAGGAAUGAUACAAUACCUGAAAAACUGACAGAGUUUAACAUGGCGACCAAAUGUGAAUCGUGUGGUGUUGAAAAAGAAAACAUGCAGAGAUGUUCGAAAUGUCACAACGUGUACUAUUGCAGCCGACAAUGUCAGAUAAAAGAUUGGAAAAAAGCACAUAAAAAAUUGUGUAAAGGGCUUCUUAGCAAAAAUGAACAAAAUGAAGACGUGACACUAAUGUCAGGCGCCCCUAAAGUCCUUAAUGAUGAGGGAAUUCAAAACCCAACUGUGAUAUAUCCGAGUGAUUCUUGUGCAGCUUGUGGAGAAAAAGGUCAACUCAAAAGAUGUGCUCGCUGUCUUGCCGUCAUGUACUGUUCCAAAGUCUGUCAAAACGAACACUGGCACCAACAUAAGCAUAGCUGUCAACAAAAUCAGGACGUCGCCGAAGUUAUACAAACUGAUGGAUAUAAGAAGCAAAUAAGAGAAGCAAAUGUAAAACGACUUCAAUUCAGGAGACUUCAAAGUCUCUUUAAUAAUGGCAUUGAUUCAGCGAGAGGCGAAAGCAGAGGAAGUAACGGUUCUUUUCCCAUGCGUUGUACUGAUAAUGUUGAUCUUUCAAUAAGAAAAUUGACAACCAAAUUGGACAGGAAACAAGCAAAGCUAUAUUCGGAAAGAAAGUUCCCAAUGCAGACAAUCGUGGGUACUCUUGACGAACUUGAAGACCAUGCACCAGGUUUCUUCUAUCCACACCCGAUGAUGUAUAACACAAGAACUUCUUUCGUUGGUUUUAUAACCAGAUAUCAUUACCAUAGACAACGACACACAGUCUACGUAGAAGAUGAUAACAGAACGGAGAUUUGUGUGGGAUUUUACCUAGAUUAUGACAGUCCGUUCCCUUAUUUCACCUGGGCAGACGUCCGUCCUGGUAAAUUCAUCUGUCUUCAUGACCCCACCAUCUAUACUGAACUGUGUGGACAAAACCAGAUCCGAGUAGACGAAGCGGAAGACGUUCAUUUAUUUGAUGUUUAAUACUGUUUGCUAUUGAGGAAUAAAAUAAAAAUCACUUUUGAUUUGCUUUAAUGAAAGAGAAAGAUAUAAUUAUUCAUCAAGGUAUAUUUUAUCAAUUUGUAGGUAAUGAUCAUGAUAUGUUUAAAUUGUUUCAAGUAGGGUUUCUA